GUUUCGUCCAAUCGGGGGCGUCGAGUUUAGAGCCUCGCGUGAAAGAAGAAAGAAGCUAACCGUGUAGGAUUAAACAGUAGUAACAUUUAUGCUCAUACGCGUUACGAUCCAUCCAUAUUUCUCGAGGCUGCCCAUGUUGCUUUAUACGACGCGCAGUAAAGGAGAGCAAUGUCGCUGAACGCAGCUGAUUGUCGGGAAAAGACGAGGCUACAAGCGAAUUUAAAGGUGUGACGAGACCACCCGUCCGUACAGGAGCCCAGCUACGAUCGUUGUUACUGUGAAUGUUUGUGUGGCAUCGAAGCUGAGGGUUGAAACGUGAUGCCAAGAUGCUGCUGUCUCUGGGAAUGUUGAUGCUGUCGGCCACGCAGAUCUACACCAUCUUCACUGUCCAGCUCUUCGCCUUCCUCAACCUGCUUCCUGUGGAGGCCGACAUCUCUGCUUACUCUUUUGACAACAAAACUGAAAACUUUGAUGAUAUGCCUGCACGGUUUGGCUACCGGCUCCCGAGUGAUGGAUUAAAGGGCUUCCUGAUUGGAGCUCGGCCCGAAAAUGCGUGUGAGCCCAUCGACCCCCCACCCAAAGACAACUGGACGGGCGCCUUCUUCGUCCUCAUCAAACGGUUUGACUGCAACUUUGACAUGAAGGUCCUCAAUGCCCAGAAAGCCGGCUACAAGGCAGCCAUUGUUCACAACGUGGGCUCUGAGGAGUUAAUCAGCAUGGGAUCUAAUGAUUUGGAUGUAGUGAAACAGAUYGUGAUCCCCUCUGUGUUUGUGAGCGAGGAGACGGCCAACACUCUGAAAGAUGACUACGCGUAUGAUAAGGGGGGACACGUGGUCCUCAUCCCAGACUUCAGCCUGCCUCUGGAGUACUACCUGAUCCCCUUUCUCAUCAUAGUGGGGAUCUGCCUCAUCCUCAUUGUUGUUUUCAUGAUCACCAAGUUUGUUCAGGAUCGGCGCAGAGCUCGGAGGAGCCGCCUGCGCAAAGAUCAGCUGAAGAAGCUUCCCAUCCACAAGUACAAGAAAGGCGAUAACUACGAUGUCUGUGCCAUUUGCCUGGAUGAAUAUGAAGAAGGAGAUAAACUCAGAGUCCUGCCAUGUUCUCAUGCCUACCACAGUAAGUGUGUGGACCCGUGGCUGACUAAAACCAAGAAGACGUGCCCGGUGUGCAAGCAGAAGGUGGUCCCCUCGCAGGGCGACUCCGACUCUGACUCGGACGAGGGGGACAGCGGGCCCGAGGAGAACGAGGCGUCCGAGAGCACGCCGCUGCUGCGCUCCCUGGCCUCCACCAGCGCCCACUCCUUCGGCACCAUAUCGGGCGCGUCGCGCUCCGAGCGGGACCAGGACUCCUCCGAGUACGAGGACGAGGAGCUGGACAGCAGCGACAGCGAGGAGGAGGUGACCGUGGAGACCGUGGUGGUGCAGAUGCAGCAGCCGUGCUCCGAGGCCCACGAACAGGACCUGCCCCGAGCUUGAUUGACAUCUGGUCGAUAACGGGACUAACCAAGGAGCUCCACUGUCCUCUGAUCAUUAAAACACGUGGAAAACUGGAGGUCAUAAACAUGAAGCUUCACAAAGAUCAGUAGAAGCACCGUCUGUAUAUAAAGUAUAAAUCAUGACAUCUUAACCUUUGAUUAUCAAAUGUUCUAAAAGAAUAUAUGUUGUAGAUACAUGUUGGACUCAGCCUGGAGCACUAUGCAGCACCGGACUGGUGAAACUGAACAGUGAAGAYAGCAAUGUUGCCAAUUUAUUUCUGCCCUGAUAUUUGAAGGAGCUUCAGACUUUCGUGCCACAGUUCAUGUUAAAAUAACUGACGUGAAACCAAAGAGUUUUGGUUCGAGUUAUUCAGAGAAACAGGAAUGUGAUGUUUGUGAUGCAUCAUAUGAAGUUGUGGGUCCACGCUGCAUGUGGGAAAAUGUUGAUUUUCAUUUAACAUGUGCAACUUACUGAUGGAUUGCCACUCUAACGCACACUUAAUCUCAUGACUUUUGUUUUUUAAACUUGAUUUUUGUUCAUAAAUGACUCGAUUGUCGACACAUCCCGUUGCCUUUUCAGUUUUUAUUUCCUGCUUGUGUACAUCUUAGACUAGGUUCAUAGGAAAAUCCCUUAAUAUUUCAAUGAUUUAGCUAGAUGUAACUUUAUCCUCAAACAUUUCCACUUUUCUUGCCUGUGUGUUAUUCACWGUUACUGAUCAGAUCUCAUGAACCAACAAGCAUCAUUUUCUUUUACAUUUCUGUAUAGAAUUGUGAUUUAUUUUUGAGCAACUUUUGCAGUCACAAGUUCAAACUGAUAAAUCCUGUUUUUUGUUUCAGUGUUGUCCGUUACUUUUCAUUUUCUGCCUGCUGUUGUACAGUGUCAUUUAAAUAAAAAUGGCUUUUCUGUCCCAAGAAAA